AUGUCGGCUCGCCGUCGUCUCAGUUGCCAAUCCGGUUUGAUCUGGACGAGGAAGUUGGACCUGUGGAGCUUGAGGAUUGCCUGCCGUGAAGGGAAGGAGCCAUUGAAUGUUGGAGUUCCAACGGACCAGGUUGACAAUCCCGAGGGGUCGCUUGACAUUGAUGACGACAUGGAAGUCGAUGCAUUAUUCUUGCCGUCGUAUGAUUCGCUUGAUCGCUUGCCUUGUCGAGUUUCCGAAGAGUUCCUUGAUAAAAUCGACAAAGCAAGCGUUUUCCAGAGCAUUGAGGAGCAUGGUUGGGUUAAGUUGAAGAUGCGUGAUCGUGUUGUGUACCUUCAACGAGAUCCCAUCACCAAAGCCGAGGCCGAUGAGUACUGCAAGACACACAAGAUCAAGAUCUUGUCCACGCGAUGGGUGUCAGUUGGGAAGAAGGAUGGUGAGACGAAGGAAGACAUCGUUCGAGCGCGCGUUGUGGCGAGAGACUACGCUAGUGGGUCGCCCUCAGCAGCAGAGUUGAGUAUCAGCAGCCCGACCUCUUCAAACGAGGCGUUUCGGAUGUUCCUCAUCUACACCUCGGCCAACAGUUGUGACCUUGUGCUUGUCACCGGAGUGUGUGAUGCUUCCUCCCAAGAUAUGGGACUAACCGCGUCGGAUACAGAGAAGAGCGUGUGCUCUGGCGAGUACACGUUUAAAGGGAAUAAGGUUUGGAUGCUGCUACUUGCCUAUGUUGAUGACUUGAUGAUUGCCUGUCGAAAUACCGAAGCAGCCCUUGAUCUGGUGGAACAGCUAGGAAGGUUCGUGAAAGUGAAGCUGACUGGGGUGUUGAAGAAGGAUCGCAAGGUACUGGACGACCCGGAUAGUCAGAGAGCCUUGAGUGCAGAAGCUGCGGCGCGAUACCGAUCCGCCGUAGGCAAAAUCUCGUGGGCCGCCAUAAACAUAGGCUCUAUGCAGGGCCUACUUCGUCGCGUGAGGCACAUCGAUCUGAGGGUUUGCUGGGUGCAAUCUGCAAUCCAGGAACGCCUAAUCGCACUGUCCUGGGUGCAAGGGUCGAGAAAUCCAGCGGACAUCUUUACAAAGAGUCUGUCAAAGCCACAGGCGCAUUUGGACAGACUAGGCAUCUUUGAGCACUACCCACAUACAGUUGCUGGAGCGAGUGUUCAGUUUGAUAUCGAUGUCGGAAGGUUGUGUGCGUUGAUGUGCCGUACAGUUGAGCCAGCAGUUUUGGAGAGAUUGGGCGUCGAGCUUGAUGAGGUUUGCUUGAGUAAGACUCGUUGGGUGGUGGUUGAGUUUUGCACCUCCGUUGAUUCCAACAUGCGACAGGCGGCGCAAUGCGUUCCUGGUGUUGAGGUGAUUUGCAUCACGGAGGAGGAGAACGGACUUCAGGACGAGACGAUCGCCCUAGUGCGAUCCGCCAUCGUGAGAUAUAUUGAGUAUGGCGUGCGAGUGUUGGUUUGGUCGUCUACUCUCUGCACGGGAGGUUGCUUGUACCAGAAUUUGCAUCGCAACAAGCCUGGGCAUGAUGCGUACUUGCGAAAGGUUUGGGGCGUGCAACGAAAGUUGUGGAAGAACUUUGGCGUGUUGGUUGGGAACAUUGAAGAUGAAGGAGGCACUUACACUCAGCCGUUCUUUGCAGUUGAGUGGCCCAAGACCUGCCAGUACUGGUCUUGGAAGGCCACGUUGAAGUUCUUUCGCGAGUGGAAGAAGACGAUCAUUACUACCCACGUUGACGGUUGUGCUGUUGGCAUGGUUGAUCAGCGUGGAACACUUGUGUACAAGCGUUGGCGUGUUGACACAGAUUACGAGCCGCUUGCUGUUGUCUUAGACCGCUUGCGUUGCGAUGGAACACACCAGCACAGUAAUGACUUUGAUCUGCGGAGCACUCAGCAUUACCCCCCAGACAUGUGUCUUCUGGUGUUGCGGUCGUUGGCGUGA